AUGGGUUCAACCGCCACCACCGCCAACAUGGCUCACGAGACUCUGGCUCGUGUCUAUGCCUCCUCGGACGUUGCUGCCACGAGAACUUUAUACGACGAAUGGGCCAAGACGUACGACCAGGAAAUGGCAGACCAGUCCCAAAACUACGUGGGACCUGCCCUCGCCAGUGCAUGUGUUUUCAAGCUCCUCGGCCCGGAGAACAUUGCUCGCGCCAGCAUCCUCGACGCUGGCUGCGGAACCGGCCUGGUCGGCCUUCACCUUGCCAAGGUUGGUGCCAAAAACAUCGACGGAAUUGACCUUAGCCCUGGCAUGCUGGAUAUUGCCCGUAAGACCGGAGUCUACAAAGGCCUCGACGUUACCGACAUGUCCAAACCCAUCCCCCAAAAGGACGACUCCUACAAGGUGGUGGUUUGCAUCGGCACCUUUACACAGGGUCAUGUCGGACCAGAAGCCAUGUCAGAGCUGGUGAGAGUUACUGAAAAGACUGGUUUGAUCGUCGCCACCGUUCUUGCUACCAUAUGGGAGAGCGGCGGCUACGCUGCCAAAGUCGCCGCCCUCGCUGAAGAGGGCAAGGUCAAGGUUGUGAGUACCGACCUUACCGACUACCGUCAGGGAGCUGGCAUUCAGGCUCGCAUGGUUAUUCUUCAAGUGCUAUAG